AUGAAAGAACAAAAAAUAAUGAGCUAAUUACCACUUUUGUUACUGUUUGAGAGGGAGUAGGGAGAAGUGAACACUUCUUUAAUCCGACCCCCUUUAUAUCAGUGUAAUACAUCACUUAAUGAUCAGAAACAAGUCAUUAAAAACAUAUUGUGGUGUUCAUAUGCCUGCUAAAGAACCAACAAAUAAAUAAUAUUACAUAAAAACAAAAUUGUUACAAACUGACUCUAAUAGCAGGACAAGCAAAUUCACUGACCAAUAAUAAUACUCAGAUAAUUAUAUGUCUAUGAAUAGAAAGUUGUUUUCAGAGUAAAAAUAUUCUAGUUGUAAGAGUCAGUUAAAAUGAGCUACAAGGCCCCAAAUGAAUUCUGCCUGGGAGCGCCUCUGUCAUUUUAAAAAAUCUCCAAAUGGGUAUUUUUGUUUCUAGAGACUCGUGAAAAGACAACACAACGAUCCCAGGAGCUAUGUUUUUAUAACAGUCCCACAAAAUGCAUGAAAUCUUUGAAGUAGCUCUUUUGUUUCCAGGAUAAAUGUCAUAUAUGGAGGUUAAACAUAUUUUUAGUGCAGCUCUGGUGAAUACACGCCUCCACAUUGUGGAUGGCACUCAAGUCUAGCUAAUGGUCUCUGUUUGAAGUAUGGCCACUUAGAUAUCCUGUUUAAGAUGGGGCUGUAUUGUCGCACCUUUGUUCUGAUAAGAUGGGCCCCCCGCCCCCAUCGACAAAGUGCGAACCGACUGGGAGGGCCGCGGCGAUAUAAAGGGGGGCCGGUGAAGUGUCACGGACAAGCCGUGCUUCUGUUCAGUGACUUGUGCUUUGGUGUCGCGCUGUCUAAAAAGUCUCAUCAUGUAUUUCCUCCGCGCUUUUUGCGUCCUGUGCGCCGCGUUUCUGGUUCCCAGCGGCGCGUUUACGCAUGAGGAUAUGAAGGACGCGCUACUGCAAAAGCUCGGCUUGGAUGAAGUUCCCAAAAUCCAAAAGAGGGACCUGGAGAAUCUGGUAGUUCCGGCGCACAUCAAGAACAAAUACCUCUCCAUGUUGAAGACGCACCACAGCCGGAGGAGACGCAGAUCUCUGCCCAGCCUGGUGGGCAUCCUGAGGGGGGUUCCCGGCAAUGCAGAUAUCUCCGGGGAGUACGUGUACUCCGACACCACCCGGCUUCGUAUGGUGUUCGACAUGGAGGCGAGAAUCCCGGAUAACAGCGAGGUGACCAUGGCGGAGCUGAAGCUCUACCAGCGGGCCUCGCACCACAAACGGUACACCGUGGAGAAGAAGAACCACCGGCCCGUCAACAACGCCCGGGUCAGCAUCUACUGGGUGGAGGUGCUGCCCAGCGGCUCCAACAGGACCUCCCUUGUGGAUUCGCGGUUGAUCCCAAUUCACGAGACUGGCUGGAAGAGCUUUGAUGUCACCCAGGCCGUGCAUUAUUGGUCCAAGACGCAGCAGCAGAAGGCGCCCAUGCACCUCGAGGUGUGGAUCGAGGGCGAGAGACCCGGCAGCUACGCCGCGGAGAUGGCCAGGAGUGUGCACUUUACCACCCAGGAGCAGACUGAUAACGCCCUGGGAAAACCCGAGCUCAUCCUCUACACACUCAACCUGGAAGAGUACGGCUCCGGCGGCGACUGUGAUGCGAACCAGAAUAAGGACACGUGCUGCAGAGAACAGCACUUCAUCAACUUCCGCGCGCUCACCUGGACACAGUACUGGAUCAUCGAGCCGGCGGGUUACCAGGCCUUCAGGUGCACCGGAGGAUGCAAGCAGCCCAAACGCAACUACAGCUACGGAGAGCGGCGGUGCGUGGUGUCAGAAAGCUCCCCGCUGCCCAUCAUGUACCUGGUGAAAAAGGGAGACUACACUGAAAUAGAGGUGGCCGAGUUCCCCAACAUGAUUGUAGAAAGGUGUGCGUGCAUGCUGGACAACGUCUCUGUCGUAUGAAGGCAGUAGUAGUUACGGACUUUUGGGCAAAAUUACAGGGAAAUUAUAAUGUUUUUUUUUUUUUUUGUUUUUUUUGGCCAGGUAUUGUUUUAUUUAAUGUUUUUAACCAACUUGUCAAGUACUUUCUAUUUAAAUGGACGUUCGGAUGGAGAGCUUUAUUCCCCCCAACAAACAGAGGUGGGUGGGGUAGCCAAAAAUUAUACUCAAGGAAGAGUAGCACUACUUCAACAUAU